AUGUCGGGAGCUUCGAGUCCUGGAGGUUUAGGCGGUGGGACUGCGCUCAAGCGCAUGAGCACAGGGAACAAGCGGGAAGAUUUGCCCAAAAACUUGAGCAUGGUGUCUAUUAUGGGAUUGUCCUUUGCGAUUAUGGCGGUACCGUGUGGGCUUUCAACGACAUUAUCACUUAGUUUAACAAAUGGAGAGAGUGUGACAGUUAUAUGGGGCUGGGUUCUUGUCUCGCUGAUAUCAAUGGGUAUCGCGGCAAGCCUAGCAGAAAUAUGUGCUGUGUACCCGACCGCUGGCGGUGUUUAUUAUUGGUCGGCAAUGUUAUCCACGCCAAAAUAUAGGCCAAUAGCAAGCUGGAUUACAGGGUGGUUGACUCUCGUCGGUAAUUGGACUGUAACCCUUUCAAUUGCUUUCUCGACUGGCCAGUUGUUCCUUUCGGGAGUUUCGAUCUUCCAGGAAGAUUUCGUCGCGAAUACAUGGCAAACUGUACUCAUGUUUUGGGGAGUAAUGGCUGUGUGUACGGGUGUCAAUGUAUUCUUUAGCAAACAUUUGAAUCUAUUGAAUACGAUAUGCAUGAUCUGGACCGCGGCUGCAGUCAUCAUCAUCAUGGUUGUGCUGCUAGCUACCGCUCGUCACCGAAAUACUGCGGAGUAUGUGUUUGCUCAUUACGACCCAACAGCUUCAGGAUACCCAUCUGGGUGGUCUUUCUUCGUCGGCCUUCUACAAGCUGCAUAUACCUUAACCGGGUACGGCAUGGUCGCAUCUCUCUGCGAGGAGGUUCAGAACCCUGAAAAAGAAGUUCCCAAGGCAAUGGUGCUGAGCGUCUUCAUGGCGGGGUUGACUGGUGUUGCUUAUCUCGUUCCUCUGUUGUUUGUUUUGCCUGAGGUGAAGGCUAUACUCAGUGUAGCGAAUGGCCAACCGAUCGGAAUGAUCUUUACUACAGUUACCGGGAGCAAGGCUGGUGGAAUGGGAUUGCUAAUAUUCGUACUUGUUGUUGCACUUUUCGCGGGAACUGGCGCACUCACUGCUGCAAGUCGAUGCACUUUUGCAUUCGCCCGAGACGGAGCGAUUCCUGGAUCCAGAUACUGGUCACAAUAUAACUACAAGCUUAAUGUCCCACUCAACGGGCUGCUUUUGUCGUCCGCAAUUUGCUGUCUCCUUGGCCUCAUUUACUUCGGCUCCACAGCCGCGUUCCAAUCCUUCGUCGGCGUUGCCACGAUCUGCCUCUCCACAUCGUAUGGUUUUCCGAUCCUUGUCAACAUUCUCAACCGUCGUGUUGCCGUCAAAAACUCCUCGUUUUCUUUGGGGAAAUUUGGUUAUGCAAUCAAUAUAGCGACGGUAACCUGGAUUAUAUUGAGCGUAGUCCUAUUCUGUAUGCCUGUCAGUAUUCCUGUCACUGCUGCCGGCAUGAACUACGCUUCUGUAGUCUUCAUGGGUUUUGCAGGUAUAAGUGUACUCUGGUACGCGGUUAGGGGAAGGAAAACAUUUAAUGGACCGGAGGAGGUGGUAAUUGACGGGGAAAGUAGGAGUGUUGAUGAGGAAGUAGGGCGGGAGAAGUCAAGGCAAUGA